UUAUAUUUUUAUCUUGUUUAUGUUGUUAUCUAUAAAUGCUUGUAGCUUAACUUUAUUAUGAUACCAAAUCCAUUCCUAGUCAUGCCGUUGUCGGACUUCGUUAAAGCGGGCAGGAAAAUAGUUGGAGCUGGUUUGAAUUAUUUUGCUCUUCUGGCAGAGAAGAACCUCCCUAAACCCUCUCAGCCAGUUCUGUUCCUGAAGCCAACUUCAUCUUAUAUCACAGAAGGGCAGGACAUAAAGAUCCCGCCCGGGUUCCUCAUCAAGGAGGAGGUGGAGCUGGGAGUGAUCAUCGGCACCAAGUGCAGGAACGUGAGUCCCGACUCAGCCAUGAGUUACGUGGGCGGGUAUUGCCUGGCGCUGGACAUGACCGAAGUCAACCUCAUGAUGUGCGGAGGUUUGCCCCGGUCGCAGGACGAGGCGAAGAGGAAGGGCUUGCCGUGGACGUUCGCCAAGGGCUUCGACACGGCCUGCCCCGUCAGCAGGCUGCUGUCCCCGGAGGAGCUGGGCGACCCCCACGACGUGCGCAUCUGGAGCCGGGUGAACGGCCGGCCGGUGCAGGACGCCAGCACCUCGGACCUGGUGUUCCGCGUGCCCGAGCUCCUCGCCGCCAUCACCAGGUACAUCACCCUGGAGCCAGGCGACCUGGUGCUCACCGGCUCCCCCCCGGGACACACCCCGGUGCACGACGGGGACCUGGUGGAGGCGGGCAUCGCCGACGUGCUCCGCAUGGAGUUCCCCGUCAGGGCCGACAAGUAACACUGCCGCAGUCCAGCUCGGUCGAAUCUCAUUACUAGAGACAUGCAAAAUUCGUGGAUUCAUUUCGCGAUAGGCUAGCAUCAAAACAACUAUACCUUCGUACCGCUUCUGCCAUUGGCCCACAUUUUAUCCGGGGGAACUGUGAGCCAACGGGGAAACACUAAACCAAGAAAGUGCCGAAUUACGGACAGCCCAGUUGAGACGUCUCGCGCGUCAGCAGCCAAUGGACAGGUGUCAUUUCCACGAGUAUUUAAAGGACUGUGGAGUCCAUCCUACAGGUCAAUGAAUCCGCCAAUUUUGCAGGUCUCUUACUAAUUACAAAGUACCUUACUUUGAAGAAUAGUCUGUGUCGUGGAACUUGUCUCAAAUGCUGACAACCACGCGAACAAUGUUCACAGAACAGCAGUGAUGGAAGAAUACUUGGAGAUACUCAGACCAUUGGUAUUUUUUUUUUUUUUUUGGGAACUGUCAAAUUUGAAACAAGUUACAUUACACAGUGUAUGUAUACACUCCAUUCAAGAUAAGAAGAGACUUUUUGUGACAGGUGCUGCAAGAAAAAAUUGGUACUUUGAUGGCUCAAAAUUUUUUUGUAAAGUUGGCAAAAUAAGUAUUUACAAAUAAUUAACUAGUAUGGUACUACAUGAAUGUAUGUUGUUUUUUUUUUGUUUGUCACAACAUUCAGCUGCCAAAUUCAAAAGAAUUCUCACAACACAUUUCAAAAGUCUCAACUUAUCUUGAACAGUGUAUUCUCAAAAUCUUACAAGAUGUUUUUACAAUUUUGUAUAGUUUCAUAUGAAGUUCUUACAUAAUUAAGUACCAAACUGUGUUUUUUUUUCCAGGUAUGUUGUAAUGAGAUUUGACUCUUUGCAUGCCAACUUUAUUGAAGUUACAUUAUACGUAAUCAUUGACUGAUAUAGCAAUCCUGCCAUGAUUUUUUGUAUUUAGAUAUAAUUGAAUGAAAAAAUAUAUUUAUAUUUACUUGCUGUAUGUUUAAAGUUGUUAUUCUUAUUUGGAGCUUAAAAUUUUUUAUAUAACAAGUUUGAGUAGUAUACAUAGCUAAUAAUUUUUAGAAAUUUCAAUUUACAUUAAUUUUAUAACUUGAGAUUAGAGAGUCAAUAAUAAGAUAUAUGUCAGUUGAUUUGCAGGAUAGAAGGAUUCAGAAAUAAAACUUUAAAAGAUGAAAGUUUUUUUUUAUAAAAUUUAAGAUUUUCUAAACAGUUUAACUGAAGACUUCAUGGUUCUCUUUUCAGUGUGCAAUCAAGAUGUGUGGUAAAAGGUGAGUUUAUUUGUGAAUGCUAUUGCAGGACACUAUCUGAGUUUUGCAAGUGGGCUUUAACCGACACAAUUCAUCUUCGGUUAGGAUGCUUGCAUUUUGUAUAGUGUAUAUAUUUUGGCCUAUAUGCAUACAAUAAGCCAGGAAACUUUUAAUCUGUACUGAAAGUUUUCUAUAAAACAUAUUAAGUUUUGACGUUUACGUUAAUCGAAUCCCAUUUCACAGUUAUGAUUUUGAACGUGUAAGUAAGCCCUCUCGGUGAGGGGUUUAUUAAUUCCAGGGGAGCCCUGACCCCCUCCCCUCCACCUAGGUACUAUGCCCAUGACACGAGGGGUCAGUUUUUGAGCUCAAAAAAAAGUUUUUGAUACCGCAGCAUGGAACAGUCAAGGACUGAACAUAAAAAUGGUGGUUUGUUUCUCAAGACUUGUAGGCAUUGUUGUCGCCCUCCUCCUGUUCUUACCUGAGGGUGGGGUCUGGUAGGCGGUCUUUUGUGCUGCCCUGCCACAGGGCAGCGUGGUGGGUACCUACUGAUACAGCGGCUGGGUCCCAGGACUGUGACUGUGACGACAGGCCUAGUGGGGGCAGCAUUGCUGGUCCGUGAGGUGGCUAGCCGCGCCUUCUGGGGUCACUUCAGUAGUUUCGUUACCGUAGUUCCUUUUUAAACUGUAAUUUUAGAAGACUGAAAACUGCUAAAACGUGUGUUGGCAGAAUAUUUUUUUUAGGUAUGAAACUGAAAGAACUUGCAUUUCACAUUUAUCUUCAUUUCUCCGCCGAUUAAUGUUAUGGUCUUCGCUCGAAUCUAAUAGUUCUAUGCACGACACCAGUCUACAGCACUGCGCCUAGAGGCGAGACCGCUUCAGAAGCACCAGCGAGCAUCGUACUUAUCGUCCCGCCUCACUAACAAAAAUACACCCCUGACUAGGGGGAUCAUUUAAGGUGGAGAUUUUGGACUUAAAAUAUUUCUGGUAACAAGUCUGCAGAUGUACCUGCUUGCAAGCCUUCAAUUUUGUUACCUUGAGAUGUUUGAGUGUGAUGUGUCGCAUUGCAGUUGCAGUACCCUCUACAACAAAAACCUUUGAGCAUUCAUCAUCCGUUAUCUGAUGACACACUGUUAGUUUUAUAGAAACUCUAAAAACUAGGGUUGUGGAUAGCACAUUUAGGGUGACAUUUGCACAUUUCUAUAAUAAAUAAAAACUUAAGGUUGACUCCGUAAAGAUUGGUGUCAAAAGGCUUUAUUUUAUGUUUUAGUUUUAAAUAAUCUUGUAAUUUAAACCUUUUUAUAUUGUUAUUUUCAGGAGGUUUUCUUGUGUAGCUUUUGUUGUCUGUUACAUUCUAAACAGCAAUAAUAUGUUUGUUUUGUUUUUUUUUUAAGUAUAAUAAUAAACUACUGUUGGUAAACUA